AUGGCAGGUUCUGGCAAGACAACAUUUAUGCAGCGCAUCAAUGCCCAUCUUCAUGCGAAGAAGACACCUCCCUAUGUCAUCAAUCUUGACCCCGCCGUGACGCAUUCCCCCUUCCAGAGCAACAUCGACAUCCGUGAUUCAGUCAAUUACAAGAAGGUGAUGGAGGAAUAUGGGCUUGGGCCUAACGGAGGCAUCAUGACAUCUCUGAACCUCUUCGCGACCAAGGUUGACCAGGUCAUCGGCCUCCUGGAGAAGCGGGCACAACCAGAUCCUCAGAACCCUUCCCGCAAGCCGAUCAGCACCAUCCUCGUCGAUACCCCGGGCCAGAUCGAAGUAUUCGUCUGGUCGGCUUCAGGCACUAUUUUCCUCGAUUCCCUCGCAUCUUCUUUCCCUACCGUUAUUGCUUAUAUCAUCGACACUCCUCGCUCCAGCUCAACAUCUACCUUUAUGGGCAACAUGCUCUAUGCCUGCAGUAUACUUUACAAAACGAAACUCCCAAUGAUUCUCGUGUGCAACAAGACCGAUGCCAAGGAUGCAUCCUUCAUCAAGGAAUGGAUGACCGACUAUGAGGCGUUCCAAGCUGCGCUGAAUGAAGACGAGAAUCGGAACGCUUUUGGAGGGCAGGAAGGCGGCGGCUCUGGCACUGGAUAUAUGGGUAGUCUGAUCAACAGCAUGAGUCUAGUGCUGGAGGAGUUCUACAGCCACCUCAGUGUCGUUGGUGUCAGCGCUCUCCAUGGUACUGGCAUUGACGAGUUCUUUGAUGCGGUCAAGGAGAAGGCGGAAGAGUUCAAGAGGGACUACCAACCUGAGCUCGAGCGCGUUCGCGCAGAGAAGGAGGAAAAUCGGCGCAAGCAGAGGGAGAAGGAACUAGAAAAGAUGAUGAGAGAUAUGUCGAUGGGCGGCGGAGAGUCGUCAAGCGCUGUCGCUGAUGUCAAGCAGGAUGAUGAUGAUGAGAUUCGACCACUUUCGGAUGAGUCGAGUGACGAGGAUUUCGACGAGGACACUCGGGAGGGGCUUCAAGCCAGAUACGAGGCGGCACUGAUGGAAGGGAAGUCUGUGGAUGAAGAUGCAAGCUUUGUCAAGUAUCUACACUCGCAGCGCGGAUAG